AUGUCUCGUUACGCAUCUGCCUUCGCAAACCCUGCCGGUCCUGGCGACGCUCGCCCUAUAGCCCUUCAGAUCAUCAAAGACGAAGGUGCCGAAGGAAAACUCACAGGCAAAGUCAUCGUCAUCACCGGUAUUUCUUCUGGUUUGGGUGUCGAAACCGCACGAGCAUUAUCCCAUACCGGAGCCCACCUCGUCCUGAUCGCCCGCGAUAUCUCUAAAGCCAAGUCUGCACUGCAAGAUGUGCUCGCACCAGGCACUGUUGCAGACUACGUUACCAUGGACAACACUUCUCUGUCGAGUGUCCGCAGUGCUGCUGCUCAGGUCCUCAAGGUUUCUAGAAACCAGGUCAACAUCCUCAUCAACAAUGCUGGUAUCAUGGCUCUCCCUGACCUCCAACUCUCGGAGGAUGGAUUCGAGAUGCAACUUGCUGUCAACCACCUCGCCCACUUUUUGCUCUUCGAACUCUUGAAGCCCGCGAUGUUGGAUGCCGCUACCCCCGUCUUCUCAUCCAGGGUCGUCAAUCUGUCGUCGUCGGCUCAUCGUAUUGCAUCCAUCAACGAGACUGGCAACUACAACUUCGAGAAUGGGGAUUAUCAUGCUUGGGUGGCUUAUGGACAGUCAAAGACUGCAAGUGUUUACAUGACAAACGAGAUCGAAAGACGCUAUGGCAACAAAGGUCUUCAUGCCAAUGCCGUGCAUCCAGGACUCAUCGGCACACCACUCAUGAAGCAUGUCGAUGCUGCUACCCUGGAUGGUUGGGCGCAGAACGAGGCUGUUGGUAAGGUCAUGAAGAGUGUCGAGCAGGGUGCAGCUACCACUGUUUGGGCUGCUGUGGCCAAGGACUGGGAGAACAAGGGAGGCAGGUAUCUGGCCGAGUGUGAGGUUGCGCCUGAAGGACCCGAUGAUCACAGUGCAGAGGGCUGGGGUUAUGUGCCGCAUACUUAUGACGCUGAGAGAGAGACUCGUUUGUGGAAUGACUCGCUGAAGAUGGUUGGGUUGGCUUGA